AUGGCGGCCGUUUCGCUCCCGGUUCGCCUGUGCUCCGUUCCGUCCAGCCCGUCGUUCUCUCCCGGCGUGAGGCGGCAAGGGAGCCUUUCGCGACAGCAUUCGCGACACUUUAAGGAUAACACGUGUCAGCCCUGCGAGAAGCUGCUUCAGGAGCAGCGACGUCAGCAAGAGCUUCAUGCGAGACCAAAAAGCCGCGGUCUUCCCGCCGACAAACGCGGCGCCUCCGUCAGCAUGGCCGCCGCUGGCGGCAGCAGCAGGAGCAGCAGCUGCAGCAGCGGCAGCGCGAGCAGCAGCAAAACCGCUCCAAACGCGGCGGCUAACACGGCGGCCAACAAGGCGGCCAGCACGGCGGCAAACGCGGCAGCAAAUGCCGCCGCCAUGGCUCAGAAGUUCGUCAAGUCGGUGGAAUCAGCGCCAGUCGUGCGGCGCGUCGACGCGUGGGCGAUUAAGAAUAAGAUCCCUAAAGAGCUCUCACUGGCUUUGCUCUGGUCCGCCGCUGUCCUCUCCCUCGCUGCUGUCACCCUCAUUAUAAGGUUCGUCUUUGGCCUACUUCGGGUCGUCUUUUCCGCUAUUGGAAACGUUUUCCGCAAGACUCCCGCCGGUGCUGCCACUGCUGCUGCUGCUCCUGCUGCUGCUGCUCCCGCUGCCGCUGCUGCCGUUUCCGCCGCGGCCGUGACUCCUGCGGAGGCUGCAACGCUGGUGACGGUGCCUACAGUGGAAGGGGUGCUGGAGGGGAGGGUGGAGGAGGAGGAGGCAGAGGAGCAGCGGCAGCGCGCCGAGCUGGUGGAGCAGGCCGUUGCUGACGUGGCACGCGCGUACGAGCGCAAGCUUGCUGAGCUGGAGGCGGCGCACGAAGCUGAGGUGGCGGCGGUGCGGCAGGCCACAGAGGCGGGCGGCGUGAUGGGCGACGGGCAGGUGGAGGAAAUGGCACGGCUGAGGGAAGAAGCGGCGGAACUACGUCGCGGCAUGGCACUGGCUAAGGAAGUUGCUGAACAAGUGAUGGAUGAGGAGCAGAAGAAAACCAAGGAGAUUCGGCAGCUGAAAGCAGCCCUGAAGGAGGAGAAGGCUCGGAUGGAGAGGGAGAGGGUGAAGCUUCAGGCUGAGAGGGAGGAGAUGGAGAAGGAAGCGAAAGAGAUAGAGGAGGAGAGGAGGAGGGUUGCGGAUGAGUUGGCACGAGUGGAAGGGGAGAAGGCUGGGGUUGAGGCUGCGAGGAGGCAGGUGGAGGAGAGGAGGAGGCGGAGCGAGGAGGAGAGGGAGCGAGCGAGGGAGAAGGGGCUACAACGCGAGGUAGAGAAGCUCGAAUCCUACCUGGCGGAGCUCCGUGCCAGCCUGGAAUCGUCCCAAGCUGAGCUGGACCGGACCAAUCGGGAAGCAGAGGAGAACGAAGCCCUGGCUGCUGAGCUGGAGGAGCUUCUCGAGGCUGCCCGGAAGGAACGGGAUUCGGUCAACGUGGAAAGUUUUCAGCAGCUGACCGAGGAGCUGGCAGAGGCUCAGACGAGAAUGGUGGAGGAGGGGCGGCAGCAGCAGGAGCGGGCGGCACAGCUGGCGGAGAUGAUGCAGAAGAUGCCGAAAAUCAAGGCUGAGCUGGCAGCCACGCGGAUGGAGCUGCGCCGGGAGCAAAACACGCGGGCAGCUGAGGUGGCAUCACUUUCAGCAGCAUUGGUUUCGGCAAAAGAGGAAGCCAAGGCUUUAAGAGAGACAGCGGUGGGGGCAGAGGCGAGAGUGAGGGCAGAACUGAAGGAAGCUGAAGAUGCGUACAAGGCUGGGGUGGCUGCGACACGAGAGCGUAUGACGACCAAGAACAUUGUUCAACUGGGGAAGGCUCGACUGACCUCACUGCAGCAACAGGUGCAAGCGCUGAGAGAGUCACUCAAGGAGAAGACAGAAGAGCUUCAGCAUGCACGUGCUCAACCAAAGUAG